AUGCAUCGCUACAUCCCUCGACGAGAUGGAACUCCCCUCUCCGAAAAGAUUCACAUGAAGCAAGACCAUCUGCCACUGCCUACACCGCCUGCCUGCCGUCCCAUCCCCGUCUCCGUCGUUGGACCGUCGGUCUUGUCCCCAACUUCUUCCAAGCGCUCUUCUCCAGCCUCGUCUACUCCCUGUAGACGAAUCAGAACAAAGUUCUUUGGGCCGCGGCCGAAGGAAGAUGAGGAACACCAACGACACGAAGAGAGACUGGCUGAGGCCUUGAGGAUCGACAAGACAGCCAAGAUUCUCGAUUUCAGGGUUCAUCCGGCACGAGAACCGAGAACCGACCUGCCAGCGGCGCCCUACAAAGUCCUUCAAGCGCCGGGCCUCGAGGAUGACUACUAUCGCUCGCCGCUGGCCUACUCUUCUACCUGCCGAUGCUUAGCUGUGGCUCUGGGAAACACCGUCUACCGAUGGUCGGAAUGGCAUGAUCCCCAGCCUGUCUACCGCACUCCUCACCAGCGACAUACGAGCCUGACAUCUCUGUCAUUUUCCUCAGCCGAGGGAAACAAGGCCAUCUUGGCUUUUGCGCGCAAGGACGGUUACUUUGUGACGAAAAGGCCAUCACAAAACCCCUUCAUCUCGAGUGCUACAGUGUCAACAGAGGACCUUCUGGUUGGCGAUGGUCGAGGAAACAUCCUGCACUACAUCGUUGAGUGGCCCAGCUUGUGGGAGGUAUCUCGUGACACUUGGUUUGGUAAAGUGACGCCCGUUGCCAAGAUUGCAGCGCACACCUCGCAGAUUUGUGCAUUGGUCUGGUCUCCCAAUGGCAAAGACUUUGUUUCCGGGAGCAACGACAACACGGCCUGCUACUUUGAGAUACAACGUUUGGACAAACAGCGCGGGCACCACAGCUCAUCUUCGACUCCGAUCCGUAAAAGCCGCCGUUCAAAAAGUGAUUGGAGCCUGCUAGGAAGAGACAGUAGCUAUCCUCGACCCAAAGAGUGCGAAGCGAGCGGCAAUGGAAUGAGCCCUGGCAUGGAGACGUUGUUCAACGUCACUCCGAUAAGUGCAACAAUCGAGGCCGGUGUUAUUGGAGGUAUCUCUAGAACGAUACAAGCACCUACAGAAGAUCUGCGAGUGUUUAAACGAGGAAUGGAAACGCAUUGUUGGCGACAUGAGGCUGCAAUAAAGGCAAUCGCAUUCUGCCCUUGGCAGAACGGGCUCGUUGCCACUGGCGGCGGCUUGGGCGACAAGUGCAUCCACUUCUUCCACACGACGUCUAGCACACCACUGGCCACCAUUGAUGUCGGUGCGCAGGUCACCUCGUUAAUCUGGUCUACGACACGGCGGGAAAUAGCGGCCACCUUUGGCUACAGCCAUGGCUAUGCGCAAACCGAGCACCCAUAUCGUCUAAUUAUCUUCAGCUGGCCGUCUUGUCAGCAAGUCGGGGCUAUUGCUUGGGCGGGUGGCCCGCGGGCCUUGUACGCCAUUCCGUACCCAGGAGGACCAUCAGAUGCGCUCAAGGGAAGUCGUACGGCAAAAGAAGGAACUAUUGUUGUGGCAUCGAGCGAUGAGACUCUCAAGUUUCAUGAAGUCUGGCAGGACAAGCCAAAAUCGACUGCCGGAGGCGCGGUUGGCAUGUUGGGCGGCAGUGACAUUCUCGAGGCUCUUGGUGGGAUCGAUAAGGAUGGAGACGUCAUUCGAUAA